UGUUGAUGGCGACGAUGACGAUGCAGACGGGGGGGAUGAUGCUGGCCGUGCUGGGCUGGCUGGGCUCCAUCCUCACCUGCGCGCUGCCCAUGUGGAAGGUGACGGCCUUCAUCGGCUCCAACAUCGUGGUGGCCCAGGUCUUCUGGGAAGGGCUGUGGAUGAACUGCGUGUACGAAAGCACGGGGCAGAUGCAGUGCAAGGUCUAUGACUCCCUGCUGGACCUCACCUCUGACCUGCAAGCGGCUCGUGCCUUGGUGGUCACCUCCAUCUUCGCGUCCUUCUUCGCCUUCCUCACCGCCAUCUCGGGUGCGGACUGCACCCGCUGCGUGGAUGACAAGAGCACCAAGACCAGGAUCUCCAUCGUGGCAGGUGCCAUCUUCGUCCUGGCCAGCAUCAUGCUGCUCAUCCCCGUCUCCUGGUCUGCUAACACCAUCGUCAGCAACUUCUACAACCCCUUGGUGCCCGAGGCCCUCAAGAGAGAGCUGGGGGCUGCCCUCUACAUCGGCUGGGCCUCCAGUGCCCUCCAGCUUUUUGGCGGGGGUAUCCUGUGCUGCUCGGGACCCCCGGCCGAGCAGGACCCCUACCCCAAGAAGUACAGGGCGGUGAAAACCUGCAGCCCGAUGAGCUACCCCAUGAAAGAC